ACACCGCCAUCGUCACGCUUACAGAAUGGUUGGCACUCUCGUCUUGACCCGUCACGGCCAGUCCGAAUGGAACGAGCUUAACCUCUUCACUGGCUGGAAGGACCCCAAGCUCACCAAGCAGGGUGAGGCCGAAGCCAAGAAGGGUGGCGAGGAGCUCAAGAAGUUUGGCUACACCGACUUUGACAUGGCCUUCACCUCGGACCUUACCCGUGCUCAGAGCACACUUGGCAUUCAGCUCAAGGAGAUCGGCCAGGAGGACCUGCCCACCAAGAAGGACCAGGCUCUCAACGAGCGCGAUUACGGCGAGCUCACUGGCCUCAACAAGGACGAUGCCCGCAAGAAGUGGGGCGAGGAGCAGGUCCACAUCUGGCGCCGCUCGUUCGACGUGCCCCCUCCUGGAGGCGAGUCGCUCAAGCUGACGGCCGACCGUGUGCUGCCGUACUACGAGAAGGAGAUCAAGCCCGAGGUGCUCAAGGGCAAGAAGGUUCUCGUCACUGCCCACGGCAACAGCUUGCGCGCCAUGAUCAUGAACCUCGAGAACAUGACCGGCGAGCAGAUUGUCAACACUGAGCUGGCCACUGGCGUUCCGAUCGUGUACAAGAUCGACGAGAGCGGCAAGGUCGUCGAGAAGAAGAUCCUCGAGUAGAUUAAAGAUCACCUUGAAGACUGAAUUGAGAAACAUGGCCUGAGUCUCAAAGCAACCGUAGGUGGACGAAGUUGACCUGUCAUGGAAGUCUGCCGAGCUAGAGUUAAGAGCGUUUGUGUGACCAUCCCCUCCCUAUCGUUGCCAUUUCCUAUCUGCCACACAGGAAAGAAUCAUUAUUGGCAUCUGGAUCUUCUCUUCAUCAUGUAUUCUUCCUUCGAGACAUCGAAAAGAAACCGAGACUGGGAGAGUAGCGC